AUGACGCAAAUAGAAUCAGCACUUACUGAAGAUUACAGGCCUGUAAAAUUGCUUCUCCUUGAUCAUUGUCAUGAUGAUAGAGAAAAUAAUCUCCAUCAAAAAUUAACUCUUAAAUUGAGACAAUCCGAUAGAAUUGUUUUGAUUUAUAAAGCCGUGGAAAGAUUUAAGAAACAUCGAAAAGUUGAUGAGAGAUUGGUUCGUGAUUUGGACUAUGGUUUGCUUGUUGUACAAAUAGAAGGUACUGUAUUAAGAAAAUUGAGAAAUCAAGAUAGAGAGGUGGCUUUGGCAGCUGUUGAACAGAAUGGAAAUUCCUAUUCCUAUAUCAAAGGUGCUUUUCAAAAAGAUUUGGAAUGUGUGAGGAGGGCUGCCUCCACAUGUGGCAAUAGAAUUGGUAUGAGAAUAUUGAAUCAAACUAAGAAUCUAUUCACUGAUGAAGAGCGAAUGGGCGUGAUGAAACUAAUGUUGGAAAAUAGUAGAUUGAAUCUGGUUUACCUAUUUAGAUACAUGUCCCCAGAUUGGUUCAAAAGCUUGGAAUUUUGCAUGGAAUUGCUUCCCAAAGUUGGGAAUCAUUUGUUUUCUGUUUUUUUUGAUUCGUUUAGAGGGAAUAGAGAUGCAUUGUUGCAACUCUUAAGAAAUUGUACAACAUUUGAUAAUAAUUUUCCACAAUUAGUGGAAAAACAUGUGUGGGAUAAGGAAUUAGUUUUGGAGAUGGUGUCAAGGGUGGGUAUUUCAAUUGAACACGUACCACGAAACUUACAAGCUGACAGAGAUGUUAUUCUGACAGCCGUAAAAAACGAUGGAAGAGCAUUGAUGUUUGCCCAUCCUCCACAUAAUGCUGAUUUUGAAAUUGUCACAAAUGCAGUCAAAAGUAAUGCAAGAGCCUUUUUCUAUGUUGAUAAUGAGUUAAAGUCAUCAAAGAAAUUCAUUGAAAUAUGCAUGAGAGAAAAUCUUGAUGAUUUUAUUAUUUUGAGAAAAUGUGAUUUCGAGGUUGAUAAUGCCUUUAAAAAGUUCGAGUGA